AAUUCAAACUAGAAUUUCACUCAACGUUGACGGUUGUGCCGCGGAAAAACGGAAAAUUCGUAUCAGGAAAAUUCGACUGCGAUUUGAACCUAGUGUUAAAGUGAUUUCAAGUGCUAGAGCGAGUGCGAGUGGGAAACGCUCAUUAAAUCCCGAAUGGGUGCACAAUAAAAAGUUUUUUGAGAACCGACCAUUGAAAACGGAAACAGCUCCAGCUGCAGUUGCUGCAGAGGCAGCCAUGAGCGAGCACAUUGGCAACAGCACAACCAAUGGGAGUAGUUCCAGUUCCAGCACCACUGGCCACACGGCCGUGGCCGAAAGUGCGGCGGAGAGCGGUCCGGACUUUGACGCCCUGCGAGUUGCCUGCGAAACGCGGCUAAAUGGUAGCGGUCAUCUUUCGGGCAGUGGACCCCGCUGUGCCGGCACCUUUGAUGGCUGGCUUUGUUGGCCGGAUACGGCCGCCGGCACUUCCGCCUACGAGCUCUGCCCGGACUUCAUCACGGGAUUCGAUCCAACAAGAUAUGCACACAAGGAGUGCGGAAUGGAUGGCGAGUGGUUUAAGCAUCCGCUGACUAAUAAAACAUGGUCCAACUAUACCACCUGCGUGAAUCUGGACGACCUUGAGUGGAAGCACAAUGUGAACCUGAUCUAUGAGAUUGGUUACGGCAUCUCCCUGCUGGCCAUCCUGCUGUCGUUGGCCAUAUUGGGUUAUUUCAAGUCCCUGAAGUGCGCCCGAAUCACGCUGCACAUGAACCUGUUUGCCUCGUUUGCCGCCAAUAACUCCCUGUGGCUAAUAUGGUAUCUGCUGGUCAUGCCGAACACGGAGCUGCUUCAGCACAGUCCAAUCCGCUGUGUGGCACUACACAUCAAGCUGCACUACUUCCUGCUGUCGAACUAUUCGUGGAUGCUGUGCGAAGGAUUCUAUCUGCACACAGUCCUGGUGGCAGCCUUCAUAUCCGAGAAACGCCUGGUCAAAUGGCUGAUCGCCUUUGGCUGGGGCUCGCCGGCUCUCGUCAUAUUCGUAUACAGCCUGGCACGCGGUCUGGGCGGCACGCCCGAGGAGAAUAUGCACUGCUGGAUGAACUCCACCGACUAUGAUAAUAUCCUGGUAGUGCCCGUUUGUAUCUCGAUGUUCCUCAACCUUCUGUUCCUCUGCAAUAUUGUGCGUGUGGUCCUGCUGAAGCUAAAUGCUCCGGCCAGCAUCCAAGGCAGCUGCGGACCAUCCCGAACCGUCCUGCAGGCAUUUCGGGCCACCCUGCUGCUGGUUCCCCUACUUGGCCUCCAGUACAUCGUUACGCCGUUUCGCCCGGCACCCGGACAUCCCUGGGAGAAUACAUACGAAAUCAUCUCGGCGUUUACGGCCUCGUUCCAAGGUCUGUGCGUUGCCACUUUGUUCUGUUUCUUCAACGGCGAGGUGAUUGCCCAAGUGAAACGCAAGUGGCGGAUGAUGUGCUUCAGCAACCGGCCGCGGACAAACUCCUACACAGCCACUCAGGUCUCGUUCGUGCGCUGCGGACCGCCACUGCCAGGAGAGGAGAAGGUAUGACUAAAGGACAUGUCGGUCAAGCGGCGAGCCUCCUCCGGCCCCCAUCACCACCACAACAACCAGCAGCAGAAUCCGGAUCCGGACCAACAUCGAGCACGCAGCCAGAGCCUGGCGAGUUCAUCGACUUUCCUCGACGGCUGGCGCAGCCGGAUGCCGUUCCUGAAACGCCGCCAAACCAUCGACAAUUCCCGCCAAUGCCAGCCCCUCAUGGAGGAGCGGGAGCUGACGCUGGCACCAGCCAAAUCCGAGGUGGGUGUGGCCGAUAGGCCGACAUUGAUGACAACCAUUGCAGAGGAUGUGGCCGAGGCGGUGGCAGCUGGGACAUCCCAGGAACCGGUAGCUCCGGAAUCACGCACCACCAGCGAUGGCCACCAACCCAAUACCAAUCCCAGUCUCAGUUCCAAUGGCAUGGGCACGGUCAUCGUGCGAAUGGAGGGAGCUGGCCAACAGAACAUGGCCGAUGAGGCACUCUAGGUUGAAUCCUUCGAGUCAAACAACAUCUCAUAGUUUAAGCCACUGAAAUACCAAAACCAAAACAGGUCACGAACCCGAGCCCCACCAAUAGUAGCAGCAGAUCCUUAGAACCAGUUAAUGUCCUACAAGGAUGUCCCUCAAGUAUAUGGAGGUUUCAAAGUCAUAAUUCGGGUGCCCGAAAGUAUGCAUUUCCCUCGUUUUUACUUCUUUUCUUGUAAGAGAUCUUUUUAUAGUUUUUUUAAUUUAUCCCUUGCAAUAUUUUUAUGGCAUACUUGCUGUCACCCAAAGUAUAGGUCUUACAACUUCCACAUACUUUGAUGACGCCGUCAGGAAAAUUCCUGUGCCAGCUGAGGUUGAAAUAAAUUUUAGUGCAUUCUGUAGCCGGGCUAAAUGUUAAGUUUUCAUAGUAUAUUCCUCAGAUUACUUUGGUUUCGUCAGAAUGCAAAAUGCAAAAUGAAUUUCAGCCUCCGGCCGGUAAAUGCAAACAUAUUUAUUGUACCUAUGAAUGUAAGAAUUUAUGUGGAUAUCAAAUAUCAUUGUUGUUUUAAGUGUUAAGUGUAUCCUAGGACAGACCCAGACGCAGCACUCCCCCCUUCCCGCAUAAAUAUAUACAUAUAUCUCUCUCUGUGGUAAGCUGAGCUUUCUGGCAAUCGCUUUUAGUGUGUCUAUGAAUGUACGCAGAUGUAAUAAAAUUUUAAUUAUAUGUA